AUGGGGCUACCAGAUUCCGUGCAUGCAGUUGUUCGCUCCACAUUUGGCGCUCCACCUUCACAGUCUGGCAAUCAUCGUUCAUUCACUGCCCCGACCAGUCCAACGGCGGCGUCUACUCCAACUGCGAUCGCAAAUUCGAGUACCCAAUCACAAACGGGCCUCACCACAAGCAGCGGCACAGCUACUGCCGCAAGUUCCCUUGUUCCCGCUCCGGAUUCUUCUACGGCCGAAUCAAACACUUCCGGGCUGUUUGUAGGAAAUCUGAAGUUUACCGAAUCACGGCUGUUUCUGUUCGAACAGAUGCUGGUGGUCACGGAAGAAGUGAAGCUUAAACGACGUGCAACCUCAUCGGACACGUUCUCCCAGUCCACAUACCAAUUUCGUGCUGCUAUCAACGUGAACAAGAUGCGCUACGAAGUAAGUAAGCAUUUCCUCCGCCGUACUCCCACAAAAUUGGUUGAACGUACCAUCAUCGGAGCAUGUGUUUUGACUAGUCAGACAAGGUUGUAG